GGCACAGUUAAGGACCUGGAGAGGCCUCCACUCUCUCUAAGGGAGAAGUUAGCCAGGAGCUGUAAAUGUUCCUCUCAUUCUAUCCAUACUUUUCUUAAGCAAAGGAUCCCUAUUGUGGCCUGGCUACCCAGGUACAAGCUGAAGAAAUGGAUUCUGGGAGAUCUCAUUGCUGGUCUGACAGUUGGCAUAGUUCAUAUACCCCAAGGGAUGGCCUUUGCGUUACUAACUUCAGUGGCUCCAGUUUAUGGACUCUACACAUCUUUCUUUCCUGUUGUCCUCUACAUGUUACUUGGGACUGGACAUCAUGUUUCUACUGGUACCUUUGCUGUGCUAAGCCUAAUGACUGGCUCAGUUAUUGAUUGAUGACAUCUUGUCCAGAAUCCUUUGGAUAGAAACCUCACUGG